AUGCAGCCCUGCCAAAACUGUGUGUCAUGGAAUCUCACUUGUGAAGUAGGGGUUUCACGCCGUGGAAAAUAUCCCCGAAAGAAAAAGGUAUCGACACGAACAUCAUCAAUGCCGAGUACUACGGCAAAUGCGUCGAAUUCCCGAAUCACACCGGGUCAAUUCCCAUUACCCGGACAGAGCUCUCAGUAUGCAUCGGCUCGUCCCAUAACAGCAGAGGAUGGGAUCCAUAAAACCGUGUUCCUUGGCGAGUCAAGUCCCCUCACAUGCGUUGUGGAUGAAGGGCAACGAUCCCCGGACAAGGGGUACUCCUGCAGCAUUCAAAAGGGCCGACUGCACUACUCCAUUUCCGAUAUGAGUGGCGCAACUGAAAGUAGCCAGGAUUCACUAGGCCCCCGGCGCAAGACGAUACAUGAUCGGCUUACCCGUGAUGGGGCUCUCGUAUUCCCGUCACCUGCUGUCUGCGACACGCUACUUCAAGCUUAUUUUGACUGGCUCCACCCAUGUUUUCCGAUUCUUGAUCGAGCGGAUCUACAAAGGGACUAUCAAGAUGGCACACUGUCGCCUUUGCUCUUCCAGUCAAUACUUUUUAUUGGAGUGAGCCUGUGCUCGGAUACCGCUUUGAACAUUACGGGCUUUAAUAAUCGCUACCAAGCCAAAGAAGUAUUUUAUCAACGAGCAAAGGAUAUUUAUGAUUCAGGAUGGGAGACCGACACAGUUAUCAAGUUGCAAUCGUUGUUUCUCCUGAGCUUUUGGCGUGGAACUGCAACCGAGGAGCGCGAUGUUCGAUUCUGGCUUGGAGCUGCCAUCAGCCUUGCCCAAAAAAAGGGCAUGCAUGUCAUGUCUAAAUUGUCCUUCCUUAAUGCCAAAGACCAAAAGAUUUGGAAACGAAUCUGGUGGGCUUUAUAUGUUCGCGAUCAACAAACAUCGGCGGCUUUGGGCCUACCGCCUCGAAUACGCGAUGAAGACUGCCAAAUCGCAGAUCUUGAAGCCGCAGACUUUGAGGAUAGUCAGCCAACGGGGCCUACUGAAAUAUUCCACACACCACCAGAAGUUCAUAUUCCCUACGUGAUUGGAAUGGCUCAACUGGCCAAGUUGUUGCGGGAAAUAGUAUGCAGCCAGUAUCUACCCGGUCGAUCCAAGUUGGAGAAUGCGGCUCGGCCAAUGCUUCAUCAGCGUUUAGUUGAUUGGGAGUCUCGCCUCCCGAAAGAAAUGCAAUUUCAAACGUCCAUGAGCAGAGGCGCGAUGUUUCUAAUUGGUAUGCUCCAUAUGGCCUAUAACAACUUGUACAUUCUCCUAUACCGACCCUUGUUAUUACAGCCCCCAGGCCAGUCGGUCAGUCCGGAAGGAAAUAUCGCUCUGGAUGCAGCAACACGAAGCACUCGAAUUUUAGAGGACAUGCUCUCGGAAAAUCUGGUCCAACAUGGAUCUGUUCACUUAAUCACCCAUACCUUCUCGGCGUUAUGUAUACACACCAUUCAUUUUGGACGAGUUACAGGUACGGCCCGCAAGUUAGCAGAACACAGGGCAAAAUUGUGUCUACUGGGCUUGAAGGAAUUACAGAAAUCAUGGGACUUAGAGAACUGGGUCCUGGAUCUUUUCUUCCGGUCAUUGGAUGAUUGUACUGCUCGUGAUCUCCGAUUAGCUGAUUCUACUAUGCUGGCACCAACAUCGCAGAUAGGCAGCGGUCAAAAUAUUGAGGAGGUACCGCCUGCGUCUCCUGCUAGUGGCUCAUAUAGACCUCUUUCUCCCAACACAGCAGACGAUCUCUUGAAAACCCCCAACACCAUUUCUCACCAUAACACUCGGGAAGAGCCUCCAGUUAAUAUGGACUGGUAUGAGCUGUUCAACAUCGAGGGUGAUGAUGUUAUGGGCCUUGCUGGCUCAUUAUCAAACCCGGACUACUUGAACCCAGAGAACCUCGAGUUUCUGUAUCGAUUCCUAUAG